AUGAAAACUAACGGUUGCCGCUGCCGCAAAAACUCACCGUAGAGGAAGAAGACGAAGAAGAAGGAAGGAGAGCGCUUCCAAUCCAGGCCGCGCGACCUGCCACGGAUAGCUGCUAAUAAUAAAAAAAGCUUAUAUAACUUCGAAAGUCGAGAUUGCAUCUCGACUUUGUUUCAUCUUCCAAGAGAGGGGCGUCGAGGAGAGUAUUUUCAGCACCGCAUUGCCCGGGAUAUUUUCACGUUGGCACGUCAUUUCAUCAAUUUAAAAAGGAUCAUCAUGGCUGAUGAUUUUGACGUUGAGGCCAUGCUGGAGGCUCCAUUCAGAAAGGAUGAGAUCAAGUCCUCUCAUGCAAAUGGACACAAUGAGCAAAAUAAGAAAAAAAGGAGGAGUCGAAGCAAAAGCCGAAGCCCUGGUUCUAGGAAGCGAAGGAGCCGAAGCAAAGACAAAAAGAAGAGCAAGAAGAGGAGCAAGAGCCGAGAAAGAAAGCGAAGCCGCAGCAGAGAGCGCCAUCGCAGCGGCUCCCGCAGCAAGGAGCGCUCGGGCCGCUACAGAGCACGCAAGAGCCCCAUCCGGAAACGUUCAAAAAGUAGGAGCCCCUUUAAAAAAGAGAAGAGUCCCAUCAGAAACUUUGAAGAUGCUAUCGGGCCGUUUAACAAAGUCAGGGAGCAACCGAUUGACAACCUCACGCCGGAGGAGAGGGAUGCUCGCACAGUUUUCUGCAUGCAGCUCGCUGCACGAAUCCGAGCCAGAGACCUGGAGGACUUCUUCUCCGCCGUGGGAAAAGUCAGAGAUGUCAGAAUGAUCUCGGACAGAAACUCCAGGAGGUCAAAGGGCAUCGCGUACAUAGAGUUCGUGGAGUCGUCCUCCGUGCCGCUGGCCAUCGGUCUGACCGGACAGAGGCUGCUCGGAGUUCCCAUCAUCGUCCAGGCCUCGCAGGCGGAGAAAAAUAGAGCGGCAGCGGCUGCCAACAAUCUGCAGAAGGGCAGCUCGGGCCCAAUGCGGCUCUACGUGGGCUCGCUGCACUUCAACAUCACGGAAGAAAUGCUCCGAGGGAUCUUCGAGCCUUUUGGGAAGAUCGAGGGCAUCCAGCUGAUGAUGGACAGCGAAACGGGCCGGUCCAAAGGAUACGGCUUCAUAUCGUUUGCAGACGCCGAAUGCGCCAAGAAGGCCCUGGAGCAGCUGAACGGCUUUGAGCUGGCGGGCCGGCCCAUGAAGGUGGGUCACGUGACAGAGCGCUCGGACUCCUCCACGGCCUCCUCCUUCCUGGACAACGACGAGCUGGAGCGGACCGGCAUCGACCUCGGCACCACAGGCCGCCUGCAGCUCAUGGCCCGGCUAGCGGAAGGAACCGGCCUGAAGAUCCCCCCCGCUGCUCAGCAGGCUCUGCAGAUGACCGGCUCCAUUCCCUUCGGGAACAUUUCUGCUCCACCAUGUGAGUUGCCAGAUGACCACCGGACGCUCGGCGCGUGUGUGUCUGUGUGUUAUUUCAUUGUUUUUCUUUUUGUUUCAGCUCUCCCGACUCCGUCUCAGAGCCAAGCGAUGAACCUCCCGUCCCAGCCGCUGGCCACACACUGCCUGCAGCUCUCCAACCUCUUCAACCCACAAGCGGAGAACGAUCUGACCUGGGCUGUGGAGAUCCAGGACGACGUGAUCGAGGAGUGCAACAAACACGGAGGAAUCGUUCACAUUUAUGUCGACAAGAACUCUGCUCAAGGCAACGUGUACGUGAAGUGUCCCUCGAUACCAGCGGCGAUGGCGACUGUGAACGCUCUUCACGGACGCUGGUUUGCAGGUAAAAUGAUAACGGCGGCUUACGUCCCGCUCCCGACGUACCACAACCUUUUCCCCGACUCGGUGACGGCGAAGCAGCUCCUGAUGCCGGCGCGCCGAUAGACUCGCGGAGUCACUGUACAUACCUUUGUUUGCUGUCAUGGAAGCGUCAUCGAAGUUAGCUGGCAGUGUGUAAUAAAAGUUGCCUCGAGUUCAUGUGUCCACGACUGAAUAUUAGGCAGGUUCUUUUGUUUUUUCUGAGUUGCUUUUCAAUUUUUUUGUGGGUUUGUGUUGUAAAAACCACUGAGAAGUAAUCUGCAGUUAUCUAUUGGUCUGUAUGUUUUUAAAUAUUCCUGUCUUAUCUGCUUGUUUAAAUCAAGUUUUAGAAUUAAAAUAAAUUGCAAAAAGUUACAAAACUAUGUUGGUUAAUGGGCCUUAAAUGCCAAAAGUAUGUCAACAAUAAACCUUUGUAACUUUUUACAGCCAUAAUUUCAUUUUUUGUAUGAAGGCUCCCAAUAAACUUUGGCAAAUUUGACAA